AUACAUUUUUGUUUUGUAAAAUCAGCUGUUUGUCGGUGAAAUCCGGUGAUCGUAGUUAUUUCUUAACCAGGUUUUCGUGAAUUCUUAUAAUUUCUUAUUGGCAUAUGAGGAUAUACAAUAAUGGCAGAUAUUGAUGGAGAAGACCCAAAAGAGUAUCGCUGGGAAACCGGCUACGAAAAAACAUGGGAAGCCAUCAAGGAGGAUGAUGAUGGACUGCUGGACGGCGCUAUAGCCGAUAUUAUACAAAAAGCCAAGCGGAAGCGGCAGGCGCAAAAGACGCAGCAGAACCGUCUGGGAAUGAUGAGACAUCUAUACAUUGUACUGGAUUGCUCCGAGUCAAUGACGGUGCCUGAUUUGAAACCCACACGAAUGUUAUGCACGAUUAAGCUUUUGGAAAUCUUUAUUCAAGAAUUCUUUGACCAGAAUCCUAUCAGCCAGUUGGGUAUGAUUGCACUGAAAGGAAAACGAGCCGAAAAGUUGACUGAGCUAACUGGCACAUCGAAGUUACAUUUAAAAGCUCUGGAAAGCAUUAGUAAAAUUCCCCUCACAUGUGAGCCUUCAUUGCAGAAUGGUCUCGAUCUGGCCAUGAAAGCAUUGAAGGUUGUGCCCAGUCACGCUUCUCGCGAAAUACUCAUAAUUAUGGGUUCACUGACAACAUGCGAUCCGGUCGACAUAAAUAGUACAAUUGAUGGCCUUAAAGCCGACAACAUACGCUGCUCCGUAAUCUCGCUUUCUGCUGAGAUACACGUUUGUCGUCAUCUCACGCAACAAACUCAAGGCACUUAUGGCGCUGUUCUCGAUGAUGCACAUUACCGUGACCAAUUGCUGGCACAUGUAGAUCCACCGCCAGCGGCGCAAACGCAGGAGAACUCUUUAAUAAAAAUGGGCUUUCCACAUGCCAAGACGGACGGUGGCAAGGACCCUCCGCUUUCGAUGUGCAUGUGUCACAUUGAAAAUACAGAAGAACCAAGUAAGCUCACCUCCGGUGGUUACCAUUGUCCGCAGUGUUUUAGUAAAUAUUGUGAGUUACCAGUUGAAUGCCAGACCUGUGGUUUGACAUUGGUAUCAGCGCCACAUUUAGCUCGCUCCUAUCACCAUCUCUUUCCUGUGCAACACUUUACAGAACUGGAAUUCAAUGGACAGGCUGCGAAUUGCUAUGCUUGUCAAAAGCCGUUAACAGAAGCAACGGAUAAAAAUGUAUAUCGCUGUGAGAAAUGCUUGCAAGUUUACUGCAUUGAUUGUGACAUUUUUAUUCAUGAUACUCUGCACACAUGCGUCGGCUGUAAUACAGCUAAACCACAUAGGAAAUAGUAAUUGAUGUACGAAAAUAAAACUAUAAAGAAACUUAAUGAAUAAAAAAAAUAAAU